GAGUGGGAGACCAAGAAAGUUCACAAAGAGAGAGGAGCAAAGGAUGGUCAGAAAAAUAGCAAAAAACAAAUGUUCUACUGUCGUAGACAUCCAGAAAGACCUCAAGGAAGAAGACAAAGAAGUCUCUGUCCAAACA